GACUUUGAAAGACUUUAUUGCUUUUUUUUUUCCCCGUAUUAUUACAUUAAUUAAUUAAUUUACUUCGCAACAAUAUCCUUUCAAUUUUAUAUUUCUUACCCUUUUCUCCCCUUUUCUUUCUGUCGCUGCUCGCUGGGUGGCAACAACUGUGGUAUUUAUAUGAGAAAUCAAUAAACGUAAGAAACCUCCGUCUGCUUUUUCUUUCCCAAAUGUGAGCGACGAUCUCAUCUCUCUGAAAUCUGAAUUAACAGGAAACAGAAACUCGAUUGAGGAAGUAACUGUGUUCGCACCCCUUCCAUAUCCGGAGAGGAUCAAUCAAAAUAUAGAAGACGCCCUAAGCUUCAGCUGCCGUCAUUAUUCGACUUGAUAAUAAAGGCAGUGAGAGUAGUGGCGGUGGGAUUUUUGACUUACCAUGCCGAUAGCAUUACAGAGACAAGGGAGUAUGCCGGAGAUCCAACGCCGUCGCGCGACCGAGCUGGGGAUCGGCGGUGCCGCCUUCGUCCCUGCUUCCGCGAUGCUACCGCGAAACAAGGAUGUGGCUGCAGAGGAAGGGAGUGAUCGAGAACAUAGUCCGUCUCCAUCGUCGUCUUCAACGUCGUCGUCCUCAUCAAUCGGGAAUGAUAGCGAUGACUGCGAGGGCAGGGAGGAGGAAGCGGAGAACGAGGUAGAGAGCUCGUUUAGAGGACCGACGAUUCUUGAUCUGGGUGCUUUGGAACGAAGCCUCACUGGUUCUGAUUGGCGGAAAGGACUGUCCAGGUGCUACGUAGGGAAAGCCAAGUCGUUUUCAGAUCUGGGCGAGGCGGAAUCGAUUACUGAUAUCAGCGAGCUCGAGAAAACGGAGCAUGCUGUCAACAAGAGGCGGAGGAGCGAGAUUGCUCUUGCACACGUUUGGGACCGGAGCGGCGGCGCGACGAUUUCCAAGCGGAGCAUCACAUCCAGCGCAAGUGCGAUAUCUCUGACUCUGACUAUGGCCGCCGCCAUGGGAGAAGGCUGCGGCGGCGCCGUGGGUGAGAACCGGUCUCAUAAUUUUCGCAAUCAUCGUCUCCACCACCACCACCACCACCACCACCCUAAACAUCUUCCGCCGCUCCACCCUGGCGGAUCAUCUUCGCAUAUGGUUGUUGAAGCCCUGCAGUCUCCGAAGCAGCAGCAGCAGCAGCGCUCUUCUCCGAUGCGAUCCUUCUCGAUGGCUGAUCUACAUUACUUCGCCCCUGCUCCUACUACAAACUCCCACUAACAAGCUAAUCCCCCCUUUCGUAUCUUGCUUUUACUGUCAUGUUGCGCCCUGUUCUCGACCUAAUCACAGACCAAUCUCUGGUUCAUGAGUUCAAUUUGCUUUGUCAAAUUUAACGUUGCUCC